UAUGGGGGACAGAGGAGGGAGCAGAGAUCCUGGGCGGCAGCCAAUAAUCUCUAUAUACCAUUCAUUCCAUACAGGGUUACAGCGCAGAAAGUGCUUACAGCGUCUCCUCCCUCCUUCCUUCCUGUGCUCAAUGCUUUUCUCUUCUCUGGAGAUCCUAUAUUCUGGUUAUAGGGAAAUUUUCCAAUCUUCCCAGGACCAGGAAUGAGUAUUAUAACUCCCGGAGAUGAUGAUGGGACCCGGCAGUUUUACCAGCAGUUUUGUCAGUAUGAACAUCAUAAAGUGAGGAUGAUACAUGAAUAUUUCCAAGAUGAUCUGCUCUACAUUGUGGAGAACCUGGAUCCUAUAUCACUUCUGAGUGAGCUGAAAUCCCGAAAUAUCCCAGAUCUAGAGAAAUACCAGAGUCUAGAAAAUGAUAGAAAAACAUUGGCCCGGACUUUACUACAGGAUAUAUUUACCAGAAGACGAGAAGCUGUGAUAGCAUUGUGGGUCAGUCUUUAUGUCUUACAGAAGAAUCGUGGCUUCCCUGCCCUGGACGCUGUACUGGAGAAACUCCGUCACACAGAUGACAAUCUGGUGGGACAAAUCCUACUGGAUAAACUCGGGCACAACCUUCCCCCAGAGCUGACAGAUGUCCAGAAUUGUCUUAAGAAACAUUUAUAUGAAAAAACUGAGAAACUUCUAGAGAACAAACCUCCAAGAUGUAACCAGGAAGAGGAAAGUUUUCCAUUGUCUACACGUUACGUGAACCUCAUCAUUGUCUCCACUGAUCAGUUUAGGGAACGCUCUGAGAAUGAGCUGAUAGAGACCGGGGUAAGACAUGAGCAAUAUAUAAAGGAGACCCAAAAUAAAUUACAGCGCAUUUCCCCCAACAAGAUGUUCCGCUGGUGCCCCCGAUCCAGACUUGUGCCACAUAUGGUGAUGGUGAGCGGAGUGCCCGGUGUAGGGAAGACCACGCUGAUGCAGAAGUUUGUCUAUGACUGGGUGAGGGGCGUUCUCUAUCAAAGAUUCUCUUUUGUCUUUUUCUUCAAAUUCCGGGAGCUGAACAGACUGGAUGAGGUUAGUCUGGAGACAAUGAUCCUCCAACAAUACCCACAUCUGGGGCAGCAGCUUGGAAACCUCUUACAAGAUCCAGAGAAACUUCUCUUCAUAUUUGAUGGAUUAGAUGAAAGCAAUCAUACAAUGGAUUUCACAUCCCAUCACUUGUGCUCUAAUCCUAGACAGCCCCAACAUUGUGGUCAGAUUGUGGUUAGUUUGGUGAGAAAGUCUCUUCUGAAUGGUUGUUCUGUCCUUAUGACCAGUCGCCCAACCAGAUUGGCAUCAAUUGAUUGUAAGUUUUUCGAGAGAAUAGUAGAAAUCACCGGGUUUUUUCCAGAAGAACGACAGACGUACUUUGAGAAUUUCUUCUCGGACCCUGAACUGGCAGAAAAGGCUUUUACUUAUGUGAAGCAGAAUGACACAUUGUACACGUUCUGUUACCUCCCGUCCUACUGCUGGAUUAUCUGUACAGUAUUAUCCAGGAGCUUCCAGACAAGUAGUGAUCAGCCGGCGUCAUUAUUACCCAAAACAGUGACGCAGCUCUUUGCCAUAUUUGUCGCCAACAUUCUGUCCAAUCACAGCCUGGACAAAAGUGACGCUCAGAAGAUGCUACAGUCCAUCGGAUGGAUGGCACAAUAUGGAGUCAUGAAUCACAGGAUUAUUUUUGAUGAUCCAGAUCUGGGUUCUUUUAAUGUGGACAAUAAUUCAAAGCUCUUAUCAAGUUUUGUGAUAGAAUCCGAGGAACCUGUGACCUAUUCCUUCUUACAUCUCACUGUUCAGGAAUUCUUCUCUGCCUUGGUGCAUUAUGUGGAUUAUUCUCCUGAGAAGUUACAGGAAUCACUAAAUAAAGCCAAAUCCUAUCCUGAUGGACGUGGUGAAAUGUUCCUCCGUUUCCUGUGUGGUCUAUCAGACGGCUCCACCGGGUCAAUACUAACUGGAUACCUGGGCAAACAAGUAGUUCAGGCCUCCAUAUAUGUCAUCACUUGGCUGAAGAACUUUAUUCUAGAAGAACAGAGGGAAAGGGGAGACAAGAAGAGACGUCUUCUCAGGACAUUCUUCUAUCUGUUUGAAUCCCGGAAUAAGCCUCUAGUGGAGGAAUCAUUACAAUCAUACAGAAGACUUGACCUUUCUCAUAUUCGCAUGUCGGCUCUAGACUGCACAGUGUUAUCAUUCAUCAUGGAAACCUACACAAAUAUAGAAGAAUUAAUUCUAAAUGCAUGUUCCAUAGGCCGUGAAGGAUUAGAGAGACUUGCACCAGCUUUGCAUACAGUGCAUUAUCUGAGAUUGGAAAGUAAUGACCUACGAGACACUUCCUGCACCCAAUUGGCAUCUGUAAUAAGGAAUAACCCGUCACUGAAGAGACUUGUCCUGUCUGAUAACCGUCUGUCUGGUCGUCACUUCAUUGACUUGGUGGAAGCUCUGUGCAGUCCAGCCUGUAGUAUAGAGGCAUUACGAUUGUCUGAUAAUGAUCUACCAGACACUUCCUGCACCCAGUUGGCAUCUGUAAUAAGGAAUAACCAGUCCCUGAAGAUACUUGACUUGUCUCAUAAUCGUCUGUCUGGUCCUCACUUUGGGGACUUGGUGGACGCUCUGUCCAGUCCAGACUGCAGGAUAGAGACAUUACAAUUGGGUGGUAAUAAUUUACCAAACACUUCCUGCACCCAGUUGGAAUUUGUAAAAAAGAAUAACCCGUCCCUGAAGAGACUUGUCCUGUCUGGUAACAAUCUGUCUGGUCCUCACCGCAGGGACUUGGUGGACGCUCUGUCCAGUCCAGCCGACAAUAUAAAGACAUUACUAUUGGAUAGGAAAGGUCUAUCAGACACUUCCUGCACCCAGUUGGCAUCUGUAAUAAGGAAUAACUCCUCCCUGAAGACACUUGACCUGUCUGAUAACUGUCUAUAUGGUCCUCACUUUAGUGAAUUGGUGGACGCUCUGUCCAGUCCAGACUGCAGGAUAGAGACAUUACGAUUGAAAAAUAAUGAUCUACCCGAUACUUCCUGCACCCAGUUGGCAUCUGUAAUAAGGAAUAACUCCUCCCUGAAGACACUUGACCUGUCUUAUAACCGUCUGUCUGGUCCUCACUUCAGGGACUUGGUGGACGCACUGUCCAGUCCGGACUGCAGGAUAGAGACAUUAUUUUUGGGUGAUAAUGAUCUACCGGACACUUCCUGCACCCAGUUGGCAUCUGCAAUAAGGAAUAACUCCUCCCUGAAGAGAUUUGGCCUCUAUAAUAACCGUCUGUAUGGUCCUAACUUCAGGGACUUGAUGGACGCUCUGUCCAGUCCAGACUGCAGGAUAGAGGAAUUACAAUUAGAUUACAAUGAUUUACCAGACACUUCCUGCACCCAGUUGGCAUCUGUAGUAAGGAAUAACCCGUCUCUGAAAAUGCUUGGACUUUCCAUGAACCGUCUGUCUGGUCCUCACUUCAGGGACUUGGUGGACGCUCUGUCCAGUCCAGACUGCAGGAUAGAGACAUUACACAUGUGGGGCAAUGGAUGGUCUGAAGAGGAAAAGGAGAAAAUAAGAAGGCUGGAAAGACAGAAACCAAAUUGGCAAAUAUAUUACUGACCAAACAGGAUGUCGGAUGUGAUGAGCAGAUGACAGGACAUUUAUGGUCAAUAUUCGGUGGCCCAGCUCAGCAUCUCCAGCUGCUACCUGUUCGAGUUGUUGGUUUGCUGGAUGCAUAGAGUCGUUCUCAUGCCUGUGGAUGCAGGAGCCAGUACCAAGUCCUCUCCUGAUGGACCUGACCUUGGUUGGCAUGUCUGUGCCUCAGCCGUGCUAUCCUGAGGAGACUAAAGUUAGUGAGCCUGGGUACUGCUCACUUAGGUCAGGCCUUCUACGUUUAGGUCACAU